GUUUUGAUUUGGUUCCAAUUUGGGGGGGUCUAAUUUCUGAGUAACAAAGGUUUUAGGGACUGACAUCAAACAAACCAUUUGCGGAGCCCGAUCCAUCGUGGGCCUGUGACCCAUUUGAAUCACACGCUUUACUGGCAAAAACCCUAACCCAGUUCACCUCGCAGAAGCCCAAGAGGAGGACGACGAGGACGAUCACCGGCGAUGUCGUCGAUCUACGUAUCGGAGCCGCCGACGAAGGGGAAGGUGGUGGUGAAGACGACGGUGGGCCCCCCCGACAUCGAGCUCAGGCCCAAAGAGGCCGACGUGGCCUUAGGUUCCGAUUCCUCGAACCCUUGCUGCGCUGAGCUGAAUAAAAAAUAUUUGAAGGCGAGAAGCGAUAGGAAUAUGCUAAAGCAAGGAUUGAAGAUGAUGGAUGCCAGAUUGGAUGGUUUCGCUCAAGAGAAUGCGCGACUCAAGAAGGCUCUUCAGGAGGAGAAGCUUCGUGGAAAGCAGGAGAAAGAAGAAAAGGUUGAAGAGUUCAGCAUCAGGCAAAACCUGGAGAGUGAGAUACAGAAGUUGAAGUCAGAGAUGUCUUCAUAUGAGAAAAAGGAAUGCUCAAUGAAGGUAAACAGCGGCGAGAUUCAGCUUCUCAAAGCUCGUAUUUCAGAAGGACAGAAUGACAUAUCAAGACUUAAAGAGCUCCUUGAGAAAGAGAAAAAGAAAUAUGAGAAUGAGAAGAAGAAAGCUGAAUCAGAACAGAAGAAAGCUACAGAAGCAUGGAAGCUUGUAAAAAUAGAGAAGAAUAAUGCAGAAGAAGGUAGAAGGCUUGCAGAAAGUGAGAGCAAAAAAGCUGAAGAGUACAAGAUAUGCUUGGAAAAAGCAAUGUCUGAAGUUAAGGAGGCGAAAAGAAAACUGAAGGAAGAGAUCUCUAAAGCAGAUGAUGCAAGAAAGAGAAUUGAAUCAGAGAAGCAGAAGACAAAUGCAGAAAAAGCACGUGCAGACUCAGAGGCUAUAAAGGCAAAUGAACAGAAAAGGCUCAUGGAAGUUGAAAGGAUAAAGGCAAAUAAUGAAAAAGUCCGUGCAAAUCGCUUGUCACAAAUGUUGGAGGAGGAAAAGCAAAGGAGGGAAGGAUUGCAAAAGAAGAUAGAAAAGCAUACAUGUAAUGGAGAGGGGAAAUUUAAUGGUGAUUCUAGCAUGGCAAGUGCUAAAAUUAAGCUUUUAAGCAAACAACUAAAGUUGGAAAAGAAGCAAGCGAGGUAUGCUAAAAGAAUUGCUAAGCUAGAAAAAGCAGAAAAGAGCUAUGUAAUGCAAGAACUUGAUAUCCUAAAGCAGAGUUUCAUGCAGAUUUUAUUCCGCUUCAACAUGCUUGAUGAUCAUCUCUCACACAGCACUGAAGGUACUGAUGCUGUGGCAAAGAGUGGAAAGUCUUCCAUUAUCCAUGGCUUCAAAUUGCAAAACAACCUAUUGUGUACAGAGAGAUGCAAUCACUACUCUAUGACUGAUUGUGGACGGUCAAAACCCUGUAUGGGUUCAUUCAAAUUCAGUGAGCCAACAAGAGAAUGUGUUGGUCUCUCUAUACCUAGAAGCAGCUGUACACGACCAACCACAGGUAUUAUCUCUGAAUUGGAAUCUCCGGUUGGAGGUUCUGACAGAAACAAGUCACAAAGUUCUGCCAUAUGUUCCAAUACAUCUAAUUCUGAUAAAAGAUCCAUGGACUCACAGGAAAGAGGUUCAAUUGCUGUCACUGCAUCAGUAAAGCAAACAAAGAAGCAUGCAAAUAAGAGACCAACUGUCAUGAAAUUGUCUAGUGAAAUGGAUAAAACUGGGAAAAACAAGAAACUUGGUGUUGUGGAAAACUAUGUUGAUAAGACUAGUGUUCAUAGAGAAGCCGGAAAUGCAUGCUUGACUGCACGCAAGAAUUAUAAGGAAAUUCUUGAUGGAGAAUUUGUUCAUGCCUCUAAAAGAAGGAAGGUCAAUGACAUUAUGGAGCCUGUUGCACAUAAUCAAUCCCAUUCCAAGAUAGGAGGGAAACCAACUAUAUCUAAGGAUAUUAUGAACUUAGUUGGUGAGGUGACUGCACCUAGUAGCUCCCAGGGCUGUGGGAUCUCCCAAAAUUUUCUUAAUGGAUCUGCUUGUUUUAGCGAAAACCGUAAUGAAUCUUGUAGACAGACUAGCAAUCAUCAUAGCAAGAAAAGAAAAAGUAAACAUCAAUUGCCUGCUUCACAAUCUUUAGGUCAAAAUGACACUGAUAAACAAGGUGGUAAGUUUGAUAAUCAAAGGAGCAAGGAUCCAAGCUUUGUUGCUGAGAGCAUGCAAUCUUCUCACCAGUUAAGAGAAAAUGGUUACAUUGAGCUAGAAGGGAAGGCUGUUAGCAACGAACAAGCAGAUUUGAUUAGAUUUGAGAACACGAUACGUGGUGGUUGUCUGAAAUUACUUGAUUUGGACAAUGAUGCUGAUGAAGAGAGGUACAGGAUGGCAGUUCAAUGUCCUCUUUCACCGACUUUACCGGACUUAUUGCUUUCUAACCACAAAUGUGUUGAAAAUGAUGCUCACUGUGUGAUGGAGAGAGGUAAACCAGGACCAUUCCAUCUGCUUGAUGUCACACUUGCAAAGAAUGGAGCUAUCAGCGCUGAUCAAUGCUUAGUUUCAGAUGAAAGUAUGGAUUCUCUUUACCCGACAAAGGAUCCUGGAAAUACUUGUGCAGUCAAACUCCAGAAAUGCAUCAGCCAACAGGGUAGGCUAGACAUUAUUGAAGAUAAUCCUAAGCCCUCCAGUAAUCAUGGACCUCUAGAUGUUGAACAGACUUCAGGGAAGUCUGGUGACAACAAGAUGGAUGCUGAUGCAGAAUCAUUCUUAGGAAGCCAUAAAGCAUUUCCUGAUCCAAACACUAGUAGAGAUUCACUGUCUGAUGUCGUUGACAAACCACUCACUGCAUAUGACAUUUCUGGUUCUUGUGCAUCAGAUGAUGUGUGCUUGCAGAGCUCAACUGGGAAGGUAGAUAAUGUGAUAAGAAAUGCAUCACUAGUUGAAAAUAGACAAACUAAAGCAUGUGAAUUAGUUGGUACAACAACUUCAUAUGGGGUUGAGAACCAGAUUGACGGUGAAGUGAGUGCAUCUGAUGGUACAAUCAUCUGCAAAAAACAUGUGCUCAGUGCUGAAAUAAAUGAAUGUGUUAAGGACGGUGCGGUCAUUUUUGAUGCUGAGAUAGCUCAGCAAGGGAGCAUUUCCACGCUUCCAGAAGCUUCAAAACAGCCAGCUUUAUCCAUCAGUUGCAAUGUUCAGGACUCAUCUAGAAUAAAUCACGAUGAUAAAGUCGGGCUAACUACUGUAUUAUGCUGCAUUCUGUUCCCAAAUAUAAAAGAUAACGACAGCAUAUCAAGGCUUCUUCACGUGAGAAAAGCUUUUUCACAUCAAAGUUUAAUGGGUCCUCAGAUAGGCAACGUGAUUGUGCAAUUAUACAAUGCAUUAGCAGCAGAUGCAGUUCUCCUACCUGAGGAGAAGAACAGUGUAUUCCUUUCAGUCUUGGUAUGCAAUAUAUCCAACAGGAUGUCAAUAAAUUUUAGAGGCAUCAGUAUUGAACAUCCGUUACCAUACCUUGAGUCUUUUGCAGCACAAAUAAAUACAGAGCUAUCUGAUGUGAAGACCAAAACAUUGUUAGAAGAAAUAUGUCAGUUAGACAUCCUUGCUGGCCUUGUCGAGGAUUUUCUGAUUGAGAGGAAAUUUCUUGUGUGUGUCAAUAGCUUCUCUGAAUGUAAUGAUACACCUUCUAGCGUUUUUCAAUCGGAUGGGGCCAACAUAUACUCUGAAGACGCCACAAUUCAUCAGUUUGUUGCAGGCUGCAUUAUAUUGGCAUCUAUUUCCGUUUCAGCUGAGCGGAUUGAUUUUGUCCUUGAAGCAUCCUUUAGAAUUCUCCGAAUGUGCAAACUUGAUCCAUCUUGGAGACUCUUAGCGCUGCACAUUUUUGCCUCGGUUUGCGGGAAGGAAUUUUUUGAUGUGAAGGAAUGUAGUUUUCUUAUAGUCGCAUUAAGAUCCGUGGUUCUAUUACUUGAGAGAGGACACCGAUCUUUCACUUCUAUCUCACCUCCCAAUUGUAUAGCAUCCGGGAUAGAGCCUAGUUUUCAUCAUUGCCAAGAAUGUCCAUUUUCUAGUGGUGCAGUUUGUAUGGACAUGGACAAACUAGUAACUUUGCUGUUGGAUGUGCUAGAGUGUUUUGUACUGGCUGGGGCUGGAUGCCCAAAUGCAAGUAGUUCAGUUAAUUUGUCACGCUGUCUGGUCCCAGCAUUCGCAGAGAGAGACAAGGAAAGCCAUGGCCAGACUAAUGUAUCCCAUGUGUCCUGUUGCUUGUACAUAUCCAAGAAGCAUGCUGCUGAUUUGCCUGACUGUUUACCUGAAGGGUCCUUGUGUCACUUCAAUGACAUUGUUUCUCUGGUAGAGCUAGUUGGAUGCUACAUGAACUGGGAAUGGAUAUACGGAAGAAUUAUUUCUCGUCUUACGAGUAUACUGGAAUCUUGCAAACAUGUGGAGUUUGCAGCUGCUCUUUUUGUUCUCAUGGGUCACCUGGGGAGGUUUGGCGUUGAUGUAGCUGGUUAUCAGGAGAAAGGAAUUGUUGAACUAAGAAGCACUCUCUCCUUGUUUAUAGAUAAAAACAUUGCAGGGAAAAUGAGUUUUCCAACCGAGUUGGCUGCUAUUGGUGCUAUGUUAAAUCUUCUACCAUUAAGUUUUAGCGACAUUGUUGGUGAAGGUGAAGAACUCACACCGGAAACAAGUCUCUCUGAUCAUGUUAAGUUAAUAAAGAGGUGGUUCUCCAAGCUGAGCGAGCAGCAACAAUUUCUCUCUGUGGAUUUAUUUGGACAUGCUAAAUCUAGUGAGAGUAAUAUGAGGUAGUAGAAUGUGAUUUCUGUAAGCGGAUCUACACUUUUUGCUUGGUAUCAUCAUUCCCAAGUUCUCGAGCUCCUGAAAAUGGAAGGCUAUGCAUGGGGAUUCCCAGAACUCUGCUUGAGAGAAACAUACUAUCAUGUUGAACGCUCGAAGCCAUUCUGAACCAGCCUUAAAGAUUAGCCUUCUUCUGGCUACUAAUUCGGAUUCAUGUGCCAUGGAGAAAUUUCUCAGAUGCUGUGACAAUUUUGAUAGGUUUUGCGGCCAGGGUUUCAGUUAGGAUUUGCGAUUCUUGCCUCCACAAAAUUGCUAUUGAUGUGGGGACAAUGUUUCUCUUGUCAAGCAAUGAACGCUUGAGCAGUACGCCCCUCCAGCUUCUCUAAUUUUCUCGAUAUUUUCUGCAGUCGAGCUGUAGUCUUGUAUUUCCGUGCCUCAAAAGAAUGACAUCGGCUGAAGUGUCUACUUUUAUGCGAUAAAUUUUUUGAGAGUAUGUUCGUUGAAACCCAUAUUUCGUCUCCAUCGUUAUCUGAAGUGGAGGCCGCUGUGACUGUUUUCCGUAUUUUUUAAGCUUUUAUUUGCUCUGCAAGUAGAUUACGCUUUA